UUUUUCAGUUUUGUCUAACUUAAAAGUGAAAUAAAAACAACGGAAGAGAAAUCUCAAAAUUAAUUGAACUCAAUUAGAAAACAGAAUAGUAUUUAUUUUUGUUUUUGAACUUCCCAUUUUAUUGCUUAGAAAUUUUGAUAUCACGUUUUAAAUUAUAAACUACAAUGCCUGCUUCCCGUGAAGACUCUGUCUACCUCGCCAAGUUAGCUGAACAAGCUGAACGUUAUGAAGAAAUGGUGGAAAACAUGAAGGCUGUUGCCUCUUCUGGACAAGAAUUAUCUGUUGAAGAACGUAACUUGUUAUCAGUUGCUUACAAGAAUGUCAUUGGUGCUCGUCGUGCUUCCUGGAGAAUUGUUUCUUCGAUUGAACAAAAGGAAGAAUCUAAGGGUAAUGAAAACCAAGUUUCUUUAAUUAGAGAAUACCGUGCUAAGAUCGAAGCUGAAUUAUCUAAAAUCUGUGAAGAUAUUCUCUCUGUUUUAACUGAUCAUUUGAUUUCUUCUGCUCAAACUGGUGAAUCCAAGGUAUUCUACUACAAGAUGAAGGGUGAUUACCACAGAUACUUGGCUGAGUUCGCCGUUGCCGACAAGCGUAAAGAAGCUGCUGAUUUAUCUUUAGAAGCUUAUAAGGCUGCUUCUGACGUUGCUGUCACUGAAUUACCACCAACUCACCCAAUCAGAUUGGGAUUGGCCUUAAACUUUUCUGUUUUCUAUUAUGAAAUUUUGAAUUCUCCAGACAGAGCCUGUCACUUGGCCAAGCAAGCUUUUGAUGAUGCUGUUGCUGAUUUAGAAACCUUAUCUGAAGAUUCAUACAAGGAUUCCACUUUAAUCAUGCAAUUAUUGAGAGAUAACUUAACUUUAUGGACCGACUUAUCCGAAGCUCCAGCUGCUACCGAAGAGCAACCAGCUCAACAAUCAUCAGAAGCCAAGGCUGAUGAAGAAUAGAUGUAUGUAAAGUUUUAGUUAUAUUCUUGUGUGAAUUUAAUAUUAAGUAUUUUUAGUAUUUCCAGCUUACUGCUCACCCUGGUCAACCCAAAAAUUUUGUCAUUAUCCAACAUCAUCAUCAUCAUUAUCAUAAUUGUUUAAAAUUAUUGUUUAUCCACCCCCCCUGUCUUAUAUCUUGUUUGAUUUUCAGUUGCUUUGUUUUUUACUUAUUUCAUUUAUCAUUGUUUUUGUUCAAUUCCUAACUACAAAAUUUAUUGGGUUACUCAUACAAUAUACUAAACUAUACUAUACAUAGAGAUAGCUUUAUUGUCCACCCCCCUCUUACCUCUGAUUCUAUAUAUCGAAAUAUAAAUUGUUUGAU